CGCUAAGAAUUACACGAGCGCCGAUUGAAAUUGACAUCCAUUUGUCAAGGCCUGUUUAGUCCGUGGUCGACGCUCGCGAGGGUUGCGCUUUGUUGCUGAAAAGUUAGUGCGGCAGCGAUCGCGGAUCGGCGAGCUUCUUCUCGAGCAACGCAUUUUCCCUUGGAAAAUCACGCCGCGCGUAAUAUCGUCGAUCGCGCGCACGAAGUGCGAACCCGGCGCGGUUGUCCUCGAUAAAACCCGGCCGAAUUCUAUGGACCUGAUAACGCGGAUAUUCGGAUUGUGUUGUGUCCGGCGUGUGCUGCACGCCGUUUCUCAACGCGAGCGGCGGCGCGGUUGCUUGCUUUGCUCGCGGAACGACAAAGAAUGUCCGUCAGGUGACACGAUCGCGCGUUCGCGGAACGUGAAAUCAGCGUUUCGCGUGAGCCGGUACCGAUAAUCAGAUUACACGGCUACUGCGACGAAGGGGAACGCGCUUUAAAACGCGAUUACUCGGCCGUGCUCUCGCGAUUGGAUUAUUUAUCGCGACGCUCGGCGACGCAGCCGGAAAAUUAGAAAAGCGCCCGGAGAACCGAGGUAUCCGCCGGCGGGAGCAUGCUGCAGUGGGACAGUUCGGAAUCCGAGUGCUCGGAGGCGGAGGACUCAAAUGAGUUAGGGGCCAUCGUCAGCCCCGAAAUCUCCGCGAUGGACACUGUGGACAGUACCAGCAAGCGGCAAGCUACUCGUGUCUUCAAGAAGUCGAAUUUAAAUGGAAAGAUCACGGUGUACCUCGGCAAACGGGAUUUCGUCGAUCACAUAACGCACGUCGAUCCGAUCGACGGGGUCGUGCUGAUUGACCCAGAUUACGUGAAGGAUCGCAAGGUCUUCGGCCAUGUUCUCGCCGUGUUCAAAUACGGCAGGGAGGACCUGGACGUUCUCGGGCUGUCGUUCCGCAAGGACCUCUACCUCGCGGCCGAUCAGAUCUACCCGGUGGUGCCCGGCUCGCAGCAGAGGGAGCUGACACGGCUGCAGGAGAGGCUGAUCAAGAAGCUGGGCAGCAACGCGUACCCGUUCUACUUCGAGCUGCCGCCCCAUUGUCCCGCGUCCGUCACCCUGCAACCUGCGCCCGGCGACACCGGCAAGCCCUGCGGCGUCGACUACGAAUUCAAAGCGUUCGUAGGUGAGACGCAGGACGAGAAACCGCACAAACGAGAUCUGGUCAGGCUGGCGAUACGAAAGAUCAUGUACGCGCCCUCGAAGCAGGGCGAGCAGCCUUCGGUCGAGGUUAGCAAAGAGUUCGUGAUGUCGCCGAACAAGUUACACCUGGAGGCGUCCCUGGACAAGGAGCUGUACCAUCACGGCGAGAACAUCGCCGUGAACGUGCACAUAGCGAACAAUAGCAACCGGACUGUGAAAAAGAUCAAAGUGUCCGUGAGGCAGUUCGCGGACAUCUGUCUGUUCUCGACGGCGCAGUACAAGUGCACGGUCGCCGAGGCGGAGAGCGAUAUAGGGGUAGCGCCAGGAUUCACCCUGAGCAAGGUCUUUUCUCUAAGGCCGACCCUCGCUGACAACAAAGACAAGCGAGGUCUUGCUCUAGACGGUCAGCUUAAACACGAGGACACCAAUCUAGCAUCUAGCACAAUGGAGGGGUGCCCGGUGGGGCCAGGUUUCACGCUGAGCAAAGUGUUCUCUCUGACACCGCUUCUCGCCAACAACAAAAAUAAGUGGGGGUUAGCCCUCGACGGCCAGCUCAAACACGAGGACACCAAUCUGGCGUCCAGCACCCUUGUGGUGGAUCCCUCGCAGCGCGAGAACCUUGGGAUUAUCGUCCAGUACAAGGUGAAAGUGAAGCUCUGCCUUGGGGCGCUCGCGGGUGAAUUAGUGGCGGAGCUGCCGUUCAUAUUGAUGCACCCUAAACCGGAAGAAGAGGAACCGGCGCCAUCGACGGCGCGGCCGAGCCCGACGCAGAAGGCGGACAGCGGCGAAAUACCGCUCGACACGAACCUCAUUCAGCUGGACACGGAAGCGGACGGCGACGACGACAUCAUCUUCGAGGAUUUCGCGCGGCUCAGGCUGAAAGGCGAGACGGAGGCCUGACCAAGUCGUGCCGGUACGAUCGACCUGUACGAAACAGCGAAACGUCCAAUGUUCCAGAACGCUGCGUCGCCGAUCAAGUUGAUUUCAUAAGAUACCUCGAUCCUACGAGAGGGGGGGAAUGGGAAGAUCGUGCCGCGCGAGCCACGAAACGAUACUCUCGAGACGGAGCGUGUUAGACUCUUUGUCAAGCUAAUGUUUUACGGUUUCUCGAUGAUCUUCCUAAUCAGGACUAAGGGCGUCGCACCGCCGCAACGGUCGACCAUAGAAAUUAGUUGGACGUGUAAGCUGCCCGAAUCGACCGGCGAUCUAGGAUCCAUUUACGAGCGGAGAACUUGUUUAUUAGUGUCUCGACGAGAUCGAAGAGUAGGCGACCGAUAGAACAACGUGUUAGACGUUGGAACGCCGAGAGAAGUGCGAGGACUCGCUCGCAGAAAAAUCUUAAUGUCAAGGUUAAAUUUCGGUACCGGCGAUCGAGGAGCUUAAAGACAGCGUAGCUUUCUCCCGGCUGGAUCCUAGACACGUUCGGUGGUUUUCGACAGUCCAACCAAUUCGCCGUCGACUUAACAAAGAGCUUGUUGAUACGUUGCGCCCGGACAGCUACCGUGAGAACGGCGUCGCCCGCGGAGCGUCGCGAGAAACGAGAUCGAGCAUAUCUCGAGCGGAGCCGAUCGCUGCGUGUCACGAGUAGCGUUGACAGGAAAUUGAUGGCGCGAGGGGAAUUCCUUCGCUUGCCCUUCCUCCCCGCCCCUCCACGCCCCCUGCGCCUCAUGCCAAGCAAACGCCAACGAACCGAAGUUGGAAUAAUAAAGUGGAUGCGUACAGCGUCGCUGGAUCGUCGCGUGACGAUGCAUAGGACAGCUUUUUGCCCACGACGCGUCCCCUCGCCACUUCGCUGUCUCUCUCAGCGAUCCUCCGGUAGGAGCGGCAGGGAGGGGGGAAAGUGCGCGACGACGAUUCGAGGAGCCCCACGCGCCAUCAAUUUCCUGGCAACACCGGUCACGAAGCUGUUCGUCCGGAGGGCAGCGGAAGCGUGCUCCGGAGAUCACGAAACUCGUCGCUCCAAGAGGCCGCGAGCGUGUGCUAAAGACGCGCGUGUACACGGUUCCUAUUUCAUGGGUGCGCGUGAGAUCGGAGCAUCCGUAUUUCACUUCGCGGUUGAUAUUUUCUGUGUACGGGGUGUAAGGAAAUUAUUGCACGAGAGAGAAAUGACGGGUAGCUGAGGUGAUUUGAAGAAAGUUUUUCCUUUGCGAAAAUGCGAUCCGCGGCUUCGUUUGCGAGUUACUGAUGGAAAACGGUGACCAAUGAGAGGCGAGAUUAGCUGGCGCGGGGCGGCUGAGUUAACGAGCAGGCGGAGCCUAGUUCCGCUCAGAUCUCGCCUCUCAUUGGUCACUGUUUUUCGUUGAUAACUAGUAAACGGAGCCGCGGAUUGCAUUUUCGCUAAGGAAAAAGUUACUCCAAAUGAUGCGAGGUACCCCUGAUUUCUCGCUUGUACCAUAAUUUUGAGAUACCCUAUAUGUACACAUUGUAUAUGUACGAUUCGUGUGUACAGUGAUUCACAAAGGUGUUCGUACACCUUUUAAAACGUAAUAACUUUUUUAAAAAAACUGGACUAAGUGACUUGAAUUUUUUCUAGAACUAGAACUAAACAGUGACCAAAAUGUUUUUUAAAAAUUUUGCUAUUAUUUGGAAUGACAAAAAGAGAAAAUAGAGUAACUUUUUUAUUUGAGCCUU